AAAAAUUGCGCUGGGUUCGUUAAGAAGAAGAGAUACCAUAUCACCGCCCAUGGAUACGGCUCUGCCGGCGGAAGCUCUUUCUUCUACUCCUCUCGUCUUCUUCCUUUCUCUGAUUCUCUAAUGGAGAUUUACGGUUAGGCCGCGCUUGAGCAGGCGCAGACAUAGCUCUGAUCGAGUAUCGGUGAUGCUUGGGGUAUUGUGCGCACGCCCCAAGCCUUGGAUCCUUGCGGCGCUCUCUCUUGUCCACCCAAUUAUUCAUCCUCGGAUUGUUGGAAGCCCAAUCUCAUUUGUCAGUGAUGGAGAUUUCAGGCGACGCUACCAUCACUCCACCGAGUGCCGACUCAGGAGCAACGGUGGUGGAACCGGUGCUGCGUCUAUAUGGCACGCGAUUCUUCCUUCUGGUGGAGAUCGCUUGAGCAUCAACAAUCUCAAACCGAAAAUUCACCAUGAGCAGAAAGGGGAGGGGUCUUGGAAUGUGGCAUUAGAUGUACGCCCUGCCAGAUGGUUGCAUCGCUCUGAUUCAGCUUGGCUGCUUUUUGGUGUUUGUUCUUGUCUUUCGCCUUCGUUAGAUUGCUGCGGUGGGAAUCUGGAGGCGGAGUCGGUUGUAGAGGAGACUGCUUGUGUUGGCGAUACUGAUGAAAUAAGCUCGGAUAGAAAUGAUAGACGCUCCGUUGAUUCUUCUGAUUUCAAAGUGACAGGGGUGCUUGCUGAUGGUCGAUGCCUGUUUAGAGCCAUAGUUCAUGGAGCUCACUUGAGAAGUGGGGAAGAAGCUCCUGAUGAAACCCGUGAGAGAGAACUUGCCGAUGAAUUAAGAGCUCGAGUUGCUGAUGAGCUGUUGAAGAGGCGAGAAGAAACUGAAUGGUUCAUUGAAGGAGAUUUUGAUAUGUAUGUAAAAAGUAUCCAGCGGCCUAAUGCAUGGGGAGGUGAACCUGAGUUGUUGAUGGCUUCACAUGUACUUAGGAUACCGAUAUCUGUCUUUAUGACGGAUAAGAGCUCAGGUCGCUUGAUAAACAUUGCCAGCUAUGGUCUGGAGUAUGGGAAGGAUAAACAGACCCCUGUGAAGGUGUUGUUUCAUGGCUAUGGUCAUUAUGAUGUUUUGGAAACUUUCUGAGGCAGUCAAUAUCAGGAAGUGGAAACGUAGAGGCUGGUUAUUGGAAGUAAAGAAGGUUUUGUUAGAUCAAAUUACUCAGUUUCAGCAUAAUUAUUUUGAUUGAUGAGAGGUUCAGUACGGCCAAUUAAUAAUUUUGAAUAAACUCAAUUUAUUGUACUGCCUUAUGAUCAACCAAAGGCUGGUUCUGUGUUUCCAAGUAUUGUAUUUUCAGUUUACUAUGUCGAAUUUAAUCAAUACAAUAGGAUUUUUUCCA